AUGAGUUCCUUGCCAGGAACCCCCCCCCCGCUCUGGCUCACUCUCUACCACAUCGUCACCCGCCUCCCUGACUCUCUGCGCGCAGUCAGGGAUCACUUCCUAGCUCGCUGCCCCACUGAGCUCACCAUUGCCCUCCUCGAGAAGGAACUACUUGCAGCUGAGGCGAGCAUCGUCGCUGUAGGUGCCUCUCGUGGCGACCCCCGCACCCCUUUCUUUGAGGGGUGUUCCCCUUCCCCCCUUCUCCCCUCUGUAGCCUCUGCUUCUGCUGUCGACCUCCUUGGUGCUGAGAAGGUCGGGACGGCGUCUGCUCCGAGCGGGCGCCGCAGGAACAGAGGGGGCAAGGGUGGAGGUGGAGGUGGGGGAGGCGGGGGUGGAGGCGGUGGGAGUGGAGGAGGGGCUGGAGAGGCUAGUGGCGGCAGUGGGGGUGGUGACGGCAGCGGCGGGGGCGGUGGCAGGGGCGGGGGCGGCAGCGGGGGCGGAGGUGGUCGUGGCAGCGGCAGGGGAGGAGGUGGUCGAGGAGGUGGCGGCGGCGGUGGUGGUCGUGGAGGCGCUGGCGGUGGUCUGAGCCAGCAGCACACUCCGUCGCUCCAGGAGGCCCGUGAGUGGUAUUCGCAGCGCCGGGGGGCGGGUGGCUUUAGCUGCACGUACGUCAUUCGCACUGGUGACCGCACUGGUCAGACGUGUGGGAGGCCGCACCCCACGCAGCGCUGCUUCUCGCGCCUUGACGACGCUUGGCGCGCCCAGUUCCCUGAUGGCGCUGAGCUGCCCCGCUGGGCUGAUCUGGAGAGGAAGGGAGUUGAUAUCUGGGCUCUAGACUUUGAUGCUAUUCUCACUGCCAUGUAUGCGAUGUUUACUAGUGGAGAGGGUGCUCAGUACUUGCGUGUUCCGCCGGACCCAGGCAUUCUGACCAGUGAGGCUGCCGCUCUAGGUGCUAGUGAGUCUGUCCCCCCUGGUACUGAGUCGACUGAGGCACUGCACACCUUCACCCUGGACUCAGGUGCUUCUCGCUGUUUCUUUCGUGACCGCACUGCCCUUGAGCCGCUUGCUCGGCCAGUUGCUGUCUCCCUCGCUGACCCCUCAGGGGGUCCGGACGCGGGUGUUCACCAGUUCACCCCUGCCUACGAGCGCGUGACACACUACACGUGUGCUCGGACGGGCCGUCACCUGGCUACCUUCACUCGGCAGCCGGGGUCGGACUUGUACACACUGACCACUGAGUCCCCUCAGGUAGCUGCGUCCGCGUCCGCGUCUGCGUCAGGUCAGCUGUCGGCCCCCUGCUCGUGUCGCUCUCUGGCGCACGAGACCGUCCUCUGGCACCACCGACUUGGCCACCCGUCUGUGCAGCGCCUUCGGGCCAUGCACAAACGGCACCUUGUCUCUGGUCUUCCCAGGGUUCUCCCUCCCCUCCCACCCUCGCCUGCUCCUUCCUGUCUUCCCUGUGUCGAGGGGCGGCAGCGCGCCGCUCCUCACUCCUCCUCCUUUCCCCCGACGACUGCUCCCUUGCAGACGCUCCACCUGGACGUGUGGGGCCCAGCCCGCGUCCGUGGACAGGGUCAGGAGAGGUACUUCCUGAUUGUUGUUGACGACUACUCGCGCUACACCACGGUCUUCCCCUUGCGUACCAAGGGUGCUGCUGUGGUAGACCCCCUCCCCCCUCAGGGUGCCGCUCCCUCAGGUGUGUCCCAGGUAGACCCGGUUGAGCCUGUUGAGGUAGCUGUCGACUCUCGUCCUGCUAGGGGUGCUGAGCCUGCGCGUGAGGAGCCUGGCGGUGCUGAGUCUGGGGGUGCGGAGUCUGGGGGUGCUGAGCCUGGGGGUACUGAGCCUGGGGGUGCGGAGCCUGGGGGUGCGGAGCCUCAGGAGAGUCUUCGGAGUGGCGCUCCUGGUGUUGUGGACCCUGGUACUGCAGGGGCUACUGGUGCUGAGGAGCCGGGCGCUGGAGCUGCUGCUGGUGCUGAGGAGCCGGGCGCUGGAGCUGCUGCUGGUGCUGAGGAGCCGGGCGGUGGAGCUGCUGCUGGUGCUGAGGAGCCGGGCGGUGGAGCUGCUGCUGGUGCUGAGGGGCCGGGCGCUGGAGCUGCUGCUGGUGCUGAGGACCCGGGCGGUGGAGCUGCUGCUGGUGCUGAGGACCCAGACGUUGGAGCUGCUGCUGGUGCUGAGGACCCUGACGUUGGAGCUGCUGCUGGUGCUGAGGACCCGGUCGGUGGAGCUGCUGCUGGUACUGAGGACCCUGCCACUGGUGUCUCUACUGGUUCUGGAGACGCUGCGCGGCCGCGACCUUACUUCGUGCCGCUCCUUCAGCAGGUUCUUGGUCAGACUCCUCCUCCUUGUCCUCCUUCCUCCUUAGAGUGUCCUUCGUCUGUCCAGUCGCAGUCGCAGUUACCGCCUGCCGCGCCUCUCCCUGGACCCUCCCCUUACACUGGUCCGACAGGAGGUCUUACGGAGCGUCGUGAGCCUGAGUCUCGUCCUGUGUCGCCUGUUCGUACUGCUCGCACUGGUCGUCGUGUCCCACCGUGUCCCUCUGCCGUCUCCUCCUGCGUCCUCUCUACCAUACUUCCUGACCCGGAGUCUGACUCCCGUCGUGCUGCCAGUCCCACUGUCACACGUCUCCUCGCCACUGUUGUCACUGACCCUACCUUUGAGUCCUCUGCUGCGUCUGCUCUGGUCGCUGAGUUGGUUGACUUUGCUGCUCGGUGUCGUCUAGACUACGCUGCUAGCCUUGUUGCUGAGUCUGAGUCUGUCUGUCCUCCGUCUGUCGGGGGUGAGUGUGCUCUUGGCACGGACGUCCUUGAGGACAGACAGGAGGAGUUCCAGUGCUUUGCUGCUGCUUUGCCCCGUCUCGUGUCCAUGCUAGUCGCCCCUGAGGGAGACCCGGAUGCACCAGACAUCCCGACUCCGCGCUCUUACGCGGAGGCGAUAGAGGGUCCCUACUCCUCUCAGUGGCAGACAGCCAUGGACGCAGAGAUGGCUUCCUGGAAGUCCACAGGCACCUACGUCGACGAGGUUCCCCCACCUGGGGCGAACAUUGUCAGUGGCAUGUGGAUUUUCAGGGUGAAGCGGCCGCCGGGUUCUCCUCCUGUCUUCAAGGCGCGCUACGUUGCUCGAGGCUUCAGUCAGCGAGAGGGAGUAGACUUCUUCCAGACCUUCUCCCCCACCCCGAAGAUGACCACUCUUCGGGUGCUGCUACACAUAGCCGCUCAGCGCGACUACGAGCUUCACUCACUUGACUUCAGCACUGCUUUCCUGCAGGGCAGCCUGCACGAGGAGAUCUGGCUGCGUCGCCCUCCUGGCUUCACUGGGUCGGUUCCUCCUGGUACCCAGUGGAGGCUCCAGCGACCGGUCUACGGUCUCCGCCAGGCGCCACGUGAGUGGCACGACACACUGAGGACUACACUUGCGGCUCUUGGGUUCACUCCUUCUACUGCUGACCCGUCGCUGUUUCUACGCACCGACACCUCGCUGCCGCCGUUCUACAUCCUCGUGUACGUCGACGACUUGGUCUUUGCCACGGCUGACACCGCGGCACUCGCCCACGUGAAGUUGGAGCUGCAGAAGAGACACACGUGCAUAGACCUGGGUGAACUGACAAGCUAUCUUGGCUUGUGGAUCACCCGGGACAGAGCACGGCGCACCAUCACCUUGACUCAGUCACACAUGGUGCAGCAGAUCCUUCAGCGCUUCCGCUUCACGUACUCCUCGCCUCAGUCCACUCCUCUGCCUACUGGUCACUCGCUCUCAGCUCUGCCUUCGGAUGAGUCCGUAGAGCCGAGUGGCCCGUAUCCAGAGCUUGUGGGCUGCCUCAUGUACCUGAUGACCUGCACUCGGCCUGACCUUGCAUACCCUCUUAGCAUCCUUGCACGCUAUGUCGCUCCUGGCCGUCACCGGAAGGAGCACAUGGAUGCCGCUAAGAGGGUGUUGCGCUACCUGUGCAGUACGUCGGGCAUGGGGCUAGUGCUUGGAGGACGAGACCGAGUUGUACUUACUGGACACUCAGACGCUUCUUGGGCGGACGAUCAGGCUACUCAGCGGUCGUCUCAGGGUUAUACCUUCAGUCUUGGCUCUGGCUCAGUUUCUUGGCGUUCUACACGCUCUUCUUCUGUUCUCAGCUCCAGUUGCGAGGCUGAGAUCUACGCCACAGCCAUGGCGGCCCAGGAGCUACGCUGGCUGACCUACCUGCUGACCGACUUGGGAGAGCGGCCUCGUUCUCCUCCAGUGCUGUACGUCGACAACAAGGCUGCCAUUGCCUUGUGUGAGGAGCACAGACUAGAGCACAGAACGAAGCACAUCGCCCUGCGGUACUUCCUUGCUCGAGAGCUGCAGCAGCGCGGUCAGCUUUGUCUGCGUUACGUGGCCACUGAGGCCAACACUGCUGAUGUGUUCACCAAGGUGCUUCAGCCUUGUGACCAUCAGCGCUUCUGUACUCUUCUAGGCCUUGUGCCUGCUGGUCCUCACUUGCUUACUUCUUGA